AUGAUAUUGAUUCUUGAAAUUAUUCACGCAGAUGAUGAUCUGGAAAGUGGAUACCUCAGCCCUGGGAGUGAAUCCUCCAGAUCUCAGACCCACAGAGCAAAAAAUGUGAACAACAAUGUUCACAUGAUGGAACAGAAAGUUCGCAUCAAAUUUGAAUUUAAAGGUGAAAAGAGGUAAGCAUUCAGAGAAAAUGAGUUACAAUAAACCUUUUUAUUUUCACUGUAUCAAGAUUGGUUUAGGUAAAGUUUGAACUCAACCUAAGUGGUCCACCUGGUUGGUGCUUAUUCCAGUCUCCCUAGCAUGAAGGGGAACAGAAUAUUUAAGUCUUCCCCUGUUUGGGAUGGUAGUCCAUCAUAAGGUUAACCCUCCCCCCCCCCUCAGCAUUUGAUUAGGCUUCCUUAACAGUUCACUGUUACAACCCAUUUAUACUUCUGGGUGGAGAGAGAAGCCCUGUGAGAGUAAAGUUUCUUACCAAAGAACACAACACAUUGACCCAGCCUUGUUAUCAAUGUUAACUUUUAUUUUCUGUUAUUAGAAUCAUUCCAAUCGCCAGACCUGUGAUUCUAUCUGAGUUACUUUCAAAAGUCAAGACAGCGUAUGGUCAGGAUCUGUCGAUGAACUAUGUCAGCAAUGAGGUGUGUUUUUGUUCUCUUUUGUUAUAAGUGGAAGGUACCCCAGUUAGGUUAACAGGUUUUUAAUUUGGGUGAAAUAUUCUACAAGAACCUUCUUUAGUCGAAACAUUAUUAGCUGUAGCUCCAAAUUCCAAAUUUUACCUUGAAGCAGUAGACUUAGACACUGCUUUGUGAACGAACUUCUGCUAAAUUCGGAUUAAGUUAUUACAUCAGUAUCAGUUUUCUCCAUACUCUUCUCUAAACAUUCUUUUAAUACUGACAAGGAGAAUUCAUUAAACAAUCAUAACUUCUUAACUUGGGGAUCUCAUCCCUUAUUCUCAUGAUAUUAAUGAAAGAUUCAGCAGUAGUACUUUAAGGAGAAAUUAGAUGUAGAUGCUGGUUACUCUUAGGGGUUUAACCCUUUAAUUAUCCUAGAUCAAAUUUGUUAUUCUCCUUACUGUCAACCAUACAAUUCUUAUAAUGUUAUUUCAGAGAAUUUAGUAUUGGAUCAACUAAUUAUGCCCUAAUUAAUAUUUUUCUUCAUUCUUAUCACUUAUCUGGUUGAUAUUGUAUUGGUAUUGUAAGGGAAAAUUCUGUCUUUGUAAAAGGUUGACCCUCAUUAUUUUUCUUCUAGAAUGCAAUUCCUCUUGUAAGCCAGUCUGAUCUUGACAAAGCAAUUGAAAUCUUGGACAGAAGCCAGCACCUCACCAGCCUUAGAAUACUCUUGUCACUACCUAAUGGCAUCAGUGACCACACCAGUCACAAAUCUAAUGUGCCAAAUGCACCAGUGAUGCCUCCAAGCAACCCAAAGGUUGGAUCUCUCUUUGGCAAACCUUUCUAUGUAAGUGAGAGUUAAGAAAUCCCUUGUCGCAAAUUGUUUUGAUUUUAAUGUUUUUUCUCAUCAAUUGUCCUUUUGAUGCAAGGAUUGUUGCUACAUGUAAGUUACCACAGUUAUGGCUGUGUUAUCAUUGUGAAAUUAGCUUUGCAAUCAUAGGAUAAGUUGGUUUUUUCAAUGUGGUUGAAAAUAUAAACUGGCCACCCUGGCAGACGGUUUCUAGAGCUGAUGUUUUCAGCAUCAGCCUUUCACCAGGAGGAUCGUAGGAAGGAUAAUACAAGAAACAUCAGCUGCACCACAGUUUCUUUUAAUUAGAAACUUGCCUCCUUUUUUCCCAAUUAUAGAUCACUGAAAGAGUAGAAAAUUUUGACAAAAAGCUUAGAAAGUUGCAGAAUUUAAAAUAGUUGGUAAGACCCUACUAUGUGUAUAAACGACAAUCUUUUGUAACGAGUAAUUUUGUCAUUUCUCUUACAUGAAUAGAAAAAAAGACAACCAAGAAGUUAUGGACUUGGAAUCAGGUAACCUGCCUUACAUUUUGUGAAGCCUUUUGUUCUUCUAAUAUUUACUCAAAUACUCACUCACAAUAUUUAGUUCCUGAUUAAUGAGGAUUUAAGGCAUCUCUCCAGGUCUCAGUCAACCCCUGAUGAGAUCGCUUACAUGGCAGUGGAUCCACCCAACACACCAAGUUUAUCAAGAUACAUCAAUGUGCAGUACAUGUCAUCCAGUAAUAUCAACACCAGAGGCCGAAACUCUCCCCCUCCAGGAUUCCAUCAUGAUGAAUUCCCAGCUCAGCCUUUCCAUAUGGUCAGGGUAAGUUGUGAUUGAGCUUUGAUUGACACAGAUUUUCUCCUGACAAUUAGGAAAGAGGGUUUGAGAAUGAAGGAAACAGUCAUGUAUGAGAUAUAAAGUGUUACGCUGUACUUUUUUGAACACUAAACAUUUUUCACUGUACCUGUUUUGGUAGUUAUAUAAGAUUGCAUUUCUAAGGAGAUAAAUUUUGUUUUAAAAAAAUCAGGAUUCAAGUCCUCUGCAAGCUCUUUAGGGAAUGGAUCAGUCUACUUUAUUUUCUUUGAAGUUUAAGCCUUAAACUCCAUUUUGACACAUACUCAAAAACUCAACCAAGAAUCAACCUUUUUUCCUCAUACAUCACACCGUUAACCACCCUUAAGAUCUCAUUGGUAAUUCUCCUUACCAUCUGGCAUGCAGUUUUUUUGAUGUUAGUUUGGAGAAUCUGGUGUUGAAUCAACUUACAAUCCCCUAAUUGAUAUGUUUCUUUAUUCUUGUUAUUUGAUUGUAUGCUUGAUAUUGUAUUAAUAUUCUGGGGAAAAUUCCAUCUUGGUCACUCACAGAAGUUUUUUUAAGGGUUAAUACAUUUUUGUUGGUUCUAUUACAGGGUGAAGGUGAAUUUAUACCAGAAAGCCAAGAUCAUGUGGUAUGCUUCAUAAUCAAUCUUGAAAAUGAUAUGCUCUACUAAAUAUUUUCAUCUUUUAUGUGACUAAGACUGAGAGAAAAAAAAAUAUCUUGUUAAAUGGCAGAUUCAAAAAGGUUAUAACAAUUCAGAUCCAUAUCAGUAUCUGGGCAAUGGCCCACCUACCCCUCCCCUAACCCAAUAUUCACCCUAACUUGUUAUCAAUUGACUGUUGUUGGGUUAGGGGAGGGUAGGUGGGCCGUUGCCCAGAUACUGAUAUUGAUCCAAAAAUUCUGAUUAAACCCCCCCCCCCUCCCCCCGAAAUUUUAAGCCUGAAAGGUGGCAGACAAGGAAAAUUUUCAAAUUAUUUUAUGUGGUGGCACAGGGCUAGCUGAAAUUUAAAAAUUUUCAUGCUCUGUCCUAAAGGCCAGGAGGUAUUUAUCAGAAACAAAUAUGAUCCUGUAGUUUUUUCAAAAAUUGUUGUAGGAAUAUGCAAUUUUUUUGUGGUAGUUAUUUUCGUUCUUAAUCUUACCCGACUUUUCUGGAAAAUUUAGUUGUGAGUAUGAAUUUAAUUUUCCUCCUUUAUCUUCAGGUGGUUCCCAGAUUUCAUAGACGAUUGAAUAUGUGGUACGAUCCACUAUCACACAGUCAGGUAAUUUAUGAACACAAUCGCAAAAUGUUUGUAGUUACUCAUGGUAGUGAACUGUAUAUCUACUGUAGUUGUCUAUUCCAAUAGUAUGUCUCUUGAUGUAAUUGAUUGUUAAUAACAAAGAUUAUAAAAUCACAAUGGCAUACUGUUAGCCCUCAUCAGGUGAUGAGGUAUUCUGUCUCACAUGCCAUUUCUUUGUUCUUACCACUUUCAUUUUAUAUCAUCAUAUCAUCUAGAUCUACCACUGAACAGAAGCAAUGGCAAAAUGGAAUCCUUUUGUUAAUUAGAUCCAUUACGUUGCAUGCUCAUGAACUUACUGCUUGAUAAAAAAUUUGGAAACUGCAUUGGAAAAUUUCAUCUUCUACUCUAACAGUAAUCCUUGUUAUUGAUUUUUUUCCAGGCCUUAUUCUCGCUAAAGUAGUGUUCAUUACUGGGAAGAUUGCAUUUUGUAUUCAUUUCUCUAUUGGUAGUUCAUGUAUAUGAUUUUCUUAGACUUAUAGUCAUUUAUUCAUCACUCCAUGGGUUUUUUUGGAACCAACAUAAUGACCAGCUCCUGGUUGGCUUGUUAGCUCAGUAUUAGAGCAUUGUACCCACAGGUCACUGCUGUUUAAGUAGUGUUCAUUACAGCGAAGAUCUCUUCCAUUUUCACUAAUCCUUAUUACUUGCCUUGUUCCUAGGUAAGAGUUGUUUCCAGUCCAAGCUCUGAAGGUUCUUGGAGAGGAUCAUCAUUUUCUGUGGACAGGUAAUGUAGAUAUCAAUAUCAUUUCUGAAGUGAUUACUGGUCACCAUUGGUAGUGAAAGGCUAGAUGAAGUACUUUUUUCUGACGAAUUUUCAACUGUGUCCAGAGAAGGACACAAAUGAAUGUUAAAAUUACAAUUUAUUUUUCAGUGGAGGUGAAAUGCAAUCAUUUUACAACUCUACAAGAUCAGCAUCAAACAGCUCACUGGUAGUGGCUAGUGGAAUGUUUUCCUCAGGUAGAGUUUCUUUUAAGGAGAAAUACUCUGUUUUUUUCUUUUCCUCAAUCCAUUACACCCCUACAUCAGUAUGCAGAUUCUCUAUACAUCUCCUAAGGUGAUGACAAGGAAAUAUAUUUUGACCAGUCAAGAGCUUCUUUAGUUGGUGAUCAUUUCCUUUAUUCUUGUGAGCUUAGUGCUUGAUUCAGGGGUGAUAUUGUAAGGAGAAAUUAGAUGCUGGUCACUGAUAGGGUUCAAAGUGUUGAAUAUGCGGUAAUAGUAGUGUCCCAUUGUCCAAACUUCACAAGGACUCAAACUCAAACAUGGACUCAAAAUUAUUUCCAGGAUUUUUAUUUAAAGAGUUAUUCUUUUGCUUCUCAUCGCAUAUUUUUUUAAUUGAGAGGUUUCAAUUUUACACAAACUGAAUCCAUACCGGUUUUUUAAUCUGCAGAAGAAGAUAUAAUCGACUGUAAAGCUCAUACGUACCCGAGAAGGAGGAGUCACACGAUAGGAGGACCAGAUGUGGACUAUAAUGACGGUAUGACACAGAAGUAAAAUGAUCGAUGAACUUUCGUCUUCAACCCCUUCUCAUUGAGCAAUUUUCAGCAGUGUCCAAAGUGAUGCGAGACUGUAUUGGUUUGCUUUACUUUGCUCUCUGAUUGGUUCAGAAAUCUGGCGCCAUUCUAUCAACCAAUCAGAUGCAAAACUAAGACUAGCCUCGGUCGCCCGCGUUUUCCCGCGCUUUAGGCAGUUUUCUUGUUUUUACUUUGAGUUCUCAUUGGCUCUUAGAGGUGUCUUCCUUUCAUGUGAUUGGCCGUUGUAAUUAUUUUGAUUGGCUCUCAAUCGAAAAGUGCUAAAUACAGGUCAAUGUGUUUUCCACUAAACAAAGUUUUUGAUGUCCUUCAGCCAUUUCUUGAAAUUUUUUUGACAACAUGAAUGAGUUUAAUUUGGCAGAAAGGUCAUCAAAAUCCAAGACAAGAGAGACUAGCUUGGGUGAAAUGUGAAAGUGUUUUUUUUUUGUUUUUUUUUUCAUCCUUGGUUUGAAUGUCUUGUGUUAUCAAACCACAACAUAGUCAGGUUUCUGUGAGCGAGCAUGUAAGUUGAUCUCUUUCUUUUUUUUUCCUUUUUCAGGAAGCCAAAGAUACAAUGGUACACAGAAUUCUCGCAAACCAAUCCCGCUGUCGAUGAGAAUAGACCAGCAAAUUAGUCCUGCAAGCAGCAGUAGUAGCAGUAGUGGUUUAAUUGCUGAUAUCGAUAUAAACACAAAAAGACCUGGAAGAGAGUCUGAGCUCGAAGUCGCCGUGCAGAAGCUUAAAGACAUGUCAAUAACAGAAACAAAAGGUAAAAAGAAUUGAGCAACUUUAUCUGCGAAUGCAUUGGUUUUGCUUUUCAUUCGCUCUGUGACUGGUGCAGAAAACUCUCACCACACUUUCAACCAAUCAAAAGUAAAAUAAAACCAACUGCGACUUGGUCACUCCGCUUCUUUUAAAAGAAAGCUUAAGGAAUUUCUUCUCUCUAAGUAUUAGCUUCUGUAAGGCAGUAAUUCUUAACUAACUUAGUUAAUAUGUGUGUGCGUGUGUGUGUGUGUACGUGUGCGCGGUCAAAGUUAAUUACCAUGAGUCCAUAUUGUAAUUCUAAUAUAAGAUUAGUUAUUUUAAGUGAGAAAGCCUGACUUGUUAUAAGCCUCGUGGUUUCUUUCAGGUUUUCUCGCCAUUUAUUUUCUGUCAUCAAUUUUCUUCAUUUUUUUUUUUCCAUGUGUAAAUGUCGUAUAUGGCAAAUAAAUAUUGUAUUGUAAUAUUGUUUUCCCGCGCUUUCUGUAGUUUGCUCCUUUUUACUUUGAAUUCUUAUUGGCUGCUUCUGAUAUUUACCUUUGUUCUGAUUGGCUGCUGUGAUUACUUUGGGUUUGGUUGUACGGCAGCCAAUCAAAAUGCGGUUUAAUAUUUGUUCGGUUUCCAUAACAGUAAACCACUACUCACUUGUACUUCUGGGUGGAGUAUGAGCGACACUUUGCAAGUACAAGGUUUACUCCCAAAUAGAAACUCUGGAGAAGGCUUGAAGCCCAGAGCUCUAAUCAUUAGGAAAACGCUCGUUGCUGUGCCACACUAAUACUGCUUUAAUCUUAUCACAAAUGAACAUGAUGGUCGGGUUAAGAUAUACGCAGGAGUAUGAUAUAGUGUGGUUCCACUUUAUUUAAAGGCCUAGAGACUUCAAAGUCAAGUUUUGGGAUCAUUACGUUGUUUUACUUCUGACAAUUAAUUCUGUGAUGGACAAUUUUUCCCUCAGUGCUUGAGGUGCCUCGAAACUGGACGAAAGGGAAGCUUCUCGGAGCAGGAGCGUUUGGUCAGGUAAGAUUUGAUACAUUUAUUUUGGUUACUUCUUGAUCUUAUCAGACCUUUUUCACAUUGUAAAGCAACAUUACUUACAGGACAAACGUUACUUACGGUGCGUACAUUUCUUCCAACAUUAAUAAUACUUGCACUACAAUGCUUAAAAAACUAACUUUACACACAUGAAGCUAGCGUUAACUUCCAACGUAACAUUUUUCAAGGCCUGAAUCUCUUACGCUACAGACAUUACUUACAAUACUGACAUUGCUACAUCUUUUCUCGGUCUAUAAAGUGCCACUUUUUUUAUUUACUUUUUUUCAUUUUAUAUCAAUACCUCUGGUUCCAUAUUACGGCUCUGUUUACUACUAUGCAUGAGAAAAAACACAUUUGUCUGGAUUUUAUGUUCCUAGUGACUAAAUUUUAUGCUUUAACAAACUAAAGUAUAUGAUUCAGGCAAUGAACAACGAAGACCUUUUCCUUUGGGGUGUAAGCGUCUUUGUUUGGACGAAGAAUUCCUGUCAUGAUUUUACUAGUUGUAGGUAAAGAGUCAUUAAUUUGAGUUGUUUCUUCUUGUAUAGGUAUACAUGUGUCAUGACCAUGAUACAGGGAGCGAAUUAGCCGUCAAACAAGUUGAAGUUGGGCUCCUCAACACUGCGACCCAAAAGGUUUGUCAUCAACUUCCAGCAACGUGGGAAGUGACCAAAACAGCAUUUCUCCUUACAAUAUCGAUACAAUAUCAAGCAUACAAGAGAUGAGAGUCGAAAAAAAAUGUCUUGGGGGAUUAUUAGUUGAUCCAAUACCGAAUCAUCCGGCGAAGUAACAUCAUAAAAAUUGUAUGGCACACAGUAAGGAAAAUUACUAAUGAGAUCUUGGCCGCAAUAGGGUUAAACCAGGAGAGCAUUGAAAGAGAAGCUUGAUCUAUAAACCACUAAAUUUUAUCCCUACUAUUUAAAAGUGUGGAUAAAUAUUUUACGGCGUUUCACGUCUUGAGUUCUCUUCAAGUCUCUUAAUCGUUCGAAAAUUGUCUCCAAAUUUGGUAAAAGUUUGGCUGUGGACGCCGCCAUUUUGUAAAGCACUCAGUAGCCUGGUCGUAAGAUUGGUGUUAAAGCUUUAUGGUUCUUUGUUUUUCUUCAGGAAGUGAAAGCUCUCGAAGCAGAGAUCGAUCUUUUAAAGAAUCUCAGACACGACAGAAUAGUGUUAUACUAUGGGACACAACAGACAGAUCUGCAUGUCUACAUAUUUAUGGAAUACAUGCCUGGGGUGAGAAUUGCCAGAUCAAUGUCAGUAUCUGAAAAACUACGUAUCUACUCCUCCCCUAACACAACAAGAGUCAACGGAUAACAAGUUAGGGUUAACGUUGGGUUAGGGGUGGCGUAGGUGCGCAGUUUGGAUACUAGUCCAAAUUUCCUAAGUAAAAUUAACUUAAAAGUAUAACUUGUAUUCAUCUGUUGUCUUCUUUAACUGUUCUGACCGUUUCGUAUCCUUGCCAGCUCUGCAUUCAAUGCGUUCCUUUUGAAUCUGUAUGCGGUUCUAAGCCGUCAUUUUUCUGAUUAAGCGUAUUCCAGGAUUCGUUUCAAAUGAUUUAAUAAGAUUAAAGCUAAAGUGGUCAUAUGGUAACAUUAGCCAAUCAAAACAAAGGGUAACAUCAAUAGAAGCCAAUGAGAACUUAAACUGAAUAAAGGCAAAUGGCCGAUAGCGCGGGAAAACGCGGUUGAAACGCGGUUGGUUUCAGUUUUACGUCUCUCUGGUUAAGAGGGGCCGGUAUAAUUUGAAGACCAAUAGCAGAGCGAAAAGAAGGCCUAUGUAAUUCAGGAGCUCCUUCGACACCCAGUAAAAAAUAAGACUAUUUUCAGUCUAGUUGUGUAAAACUCGUUUACGCGCCGAGUGUUUCUAAUGCAAAACUUGUGUGUUGCUAACCAUUCUGUUGUUCCUCUUCUGGAAACUAAUGCAUACUUUUUUAAUACAUUCCACAGUCAUCGGUACACGACCAUAUCAAACAACAUGGUGCUCUCAAUGAGAGUUUAACGAGAAAAUAUACAAGACAAAUUCUAGAAGGAGUGUCUUUCCUUCACGCGACUCUAAUUGUACACAGAGAUAUCAAAGGUAAACUGAAUGAGAUUACUACACCCUAGAGAAACAGUCUAUUGAGUGCUAUGAUACAGAGCUGAUUGCACAUAUAUCCUUAUUGCAUAGAUCGAAAUUCAAACAGCAAUGGAUCUGGAGAUGUUUUAAUGUGUUUUUUUAACUCAUUGCUCGCCUUUUCUCUGACGAAGCCUUUGUGUGGCCUAAGCCCUAAGCAUUAAUUUUUUAAGGAGGGCCUAAGGGGUCUGGCACUAGAAAGCCGAUAUGCCUGAUACUUCUCUGGGCUACAGACAUACCUUGAGAUGUCAAAACUUUAAAUUCUAUGGCUUAAAUUUGUCAGGAGUUGUUGUCAUAACGAAAAAGGCGCGAAGAUCGAUAAAAUUUAUACCCGUAUUGAAAUAUGAAAAUACCGCACAUGAGUAUAAAAGAGGCCUGAUACUUGACUACGCAAAACUGGCUGAAGAUAGCAACAGAAAUAGGUCUUUUGGAGAUAUUAAGAAACUAAUUACGAUUAUCAUAUAAUCUACUUAUUCAGUUUUUUUGUUCUCUACAAUUAAGGUGCAAACAUCCUUAGAGAUCUUCGUGGUAAUGUGAAAUUAGCCGAUUUUGGAGCGUCCAAGAGAUUACAGGUAACUUUACUAAAUCACUGAACCUUGUUCUCAAGUGAAGAAGAAAACUUAAAAUGUGCUUUGUUACUCUGAACGUUUCUGAUCCUUAAAAUUUUCAAUUUAGGUCUUGUUCAGAUGUUUUUUGCUCUUUUGUAUUAAAGCCACGGACCAGUAAUUUUAUGUGGUACUACUGCCUUGUCUUAACACCUUCAUCUUUCAAUAUCGCAGACAAUUCGAAGUAAAACUGGUUUUCGAUCAGUUCAUGGCACUCCAUACUGGAUGGCACCAGAGGUGAUAAACGGGGAAGGCUACGGGCGCAAGGCUGACAUCUGGUGAGGAACCGGUCAUGUUUUUAAAAUAUAUGUCAAAAGUCGAGUUAUAUUAAGUUUUAACAACUUUGUAGAGGGCGUUAAAGGAGAAUUUUGAUUGUGAAUUUGCUUUGUCUCCAGUGUAGAUAUGGUAUGAUGUCUGGUGAAGCACAAUUUUAGUUGUGAAACUAAAUUCUCCUUAAUCGAAUGAUGUACUACUUGUACAACUUUCUGGAGGGCUUUAAGGAGAAUUUUGAUUGUGAAUUUAAUUUGUCUCGUGUAAAUGUGGUAUGAUAUCUGGUGAAGCACAAGCUCAGUUGUGAAACUAAAUUCUCCUUAGUUGAAUAAUGUAAUACUUGUCCAACUUUAUAGAGGGCGUUAGGAGAAUUUUGACUGUGAAUUCGCUUUGUCUCCAGUGUAGAUUUGGUAUGAUAUCUGGUACAGCACAAGUUCAGUUGUGAAACUUAAUUCUCAAAAUUCUAAUGAUGUAAUACUUAACAGCUUUAUAGAAGGCGUUAAGGAGAAAUUUGAUUGCGAACUUGCUUCGUCUCUUGUGUAGGAGUCUUGGUUGCACGGUGGUAGAGAUGCUGACGACGAAGCCUCCAUGGGCGGAGUUCGAACCAAUGGCGGCCCUGUUUAAGAUUGCAACGCAGCCUACAGAGCCUUCGCUGCCGCACGAUCUGUGUGAGGACGCCAGGGAGUUUAUUCAGUCCACUCUGACAAAGUGA